AUGGCCGGGCGGCCGCCGUUCACUAACGUGGACCGGGAGACGGCGGCGGCCUUGCGGCGCAGCGGCUUCAACCCCCGCAAACUGGACGGAGCAGCGGAGCAGCUGUCCUCGUCAUCACCGACGCCGCGCACGACCCCGCACUCCCCGCCGCCGACGGCGUCGACUGCCUCAGUGCUCGUUAACCGGUCGUGGCCGUUCGAUGUGCCCCUCCCAGACACGCUCUUCCGCAUCAGCACGCUCGUCCGCCUCUACAUCGGCCUCUGGAAGCUCCCGGACACAGCCGGCCUGCGCGGCGCCUCCUUCCCCAACCUCCGGGAGCUCGGUAUAUGCACGGUGGUGAUGGAGCAGGGGGACGUCGACUCCAUCGUCGCCCGCUGCCCCGUCCUGGAGAUCCUCAACAUCCAGGGAUGCCACAUGGGGCUGCGCCUCCACCUCGUCAGCCAGAGCCUACGCUGCGUGCAAGUCUGCAGCUCUGUUGUGGAGAGCAUCACGGUGGCGAAGGCUCCACGCCUCGAGCGGCUCGUCCUGGAGGGAUGCCGGCACACGGCCGCUGGCCUGUCUACCAGGGUCACUAUUGUCGAUGCCCCGAAGCUCCAUACCCUUGGAUCCUUGGAGCCAGGAAAUCAUGUCCUGGAGAUCAGAAACACUGUCAUAACGGCUGGGGUAAAGGCAAGUAGAAGCACCAUUCUCACGAGCGUUAAGACCCUAGGCCUAAAUGUGCGUUCCGGAGUAAUCAAUGAGGCAAAAAUGCUGUUCACCUUCCUCCAAUGCUUUCCCAAUGUCGAGCAGCUGCAUAUUGUGUCCAGAAAAUGUAAUCAGUACACUGGUAAUCUCAGGCUCAAUUUCAAGGUGGGUCCCACUGACAGUGCUAUGUCGCGCAUCAAAGUGAUGUAUUUCCGUGAAUUCCGAGGGGAACAAGGCGAGGUUGCCUUCCUCAAGCUGCUCCAUAAGAGUGCAAAGGCGCUGGAGGCUGCAGUGGUAAUCAUGGCGAACCCAAGCUUCACACCGUUUCGGGAAGAUGUAGCGUUUUCCAGAGCGUGGCAAGCUUCUGAGGUCAGUAGAUGCCAACUCGUCGGUGUUCAUCUGGGUACAGGUCCUGAAGGAGGCAAAGCGUGGAGUUUCAAAAAUGAGAGUUAUUUUCCAUCCGAGGAACUUCUCCCAGUGAAGAUCAUCAGCCUAGGGCAGUAGAAGUAUUUUGGGAUGUGCUGAACUAUGAUCAUGUGUGGUAUCUGCAAUCUGCUUCAUUUGCUAGCCGCCACUCAAAUUUGUGACCUGAUUUCUGGUG